AUGGAAUCCAUCACACUAGAUGAUUCUACAAAACAAAGUGUUGUGAAGGACAUAGGGGACUUCCUGCAACCAAGCUUUGCUCAAAUGUGUCAGAAGAAUGGUAUUCCAUGGCGCCGGGGCUAUCUUCUUCACGGACCACCUGGAACCGGAAAAACAAGUUUCGUCAAAGCUAUAGCUGCAUAUUUCCAACUUGAUGUAUACAUACUAUCACUUCAAGACAGCGAAAUGGAUGACACAGAGCUGCAAAACAUCUUUAUGACUCUCCCACAAAAAUCUAUUGUUCUGGUUGAGGAACUAGAUCGAAUCAGUGUUGCACGCAGGAAAAGCAAAGAAGUGAGCUUCGUCCAGAAUGGCCUUGAACAGAAUGAUGUAAAGUUCUCACUCUGUGGUUUGUUAAGUAGCUUGGAUGGAUUUGCUACCGCGGAAGGAUAUAUCCUGAUAGUAACAUCCAAUCGGCCCGAACUGCUUGAUGAGACCCUCACCCGUCCAGGCCGUAUCGAUCGUAAGAUUGAGUUUAAGUUGUCGACAAAGGCCUCGGCGAUGAAGAUGUUUGUUAAGAUUUACGAAGGGAAACAGGCUAACGUACAUAUGUUGGCCAAGCGGUUCGGGGACCUUAUACCAGACAACAAACUCAGCCUAGCAAGGAUCCAGGAGUUUCUGCUCGCGUCCAACCCCGAAGAUGCUAUUACGCGGGCUUCAGUACACAAUAGCAAUUGUGAAGAUGGUUGA